AGUAAACAAAUCAAACAGAAUCGCGUGUUCGAUCGCUAAUUCAGGCAGCAGGCGGCCGACAGCAUCAGCGAGCGGCGCUCGAUCGAGUUCGAGGUGGCUCGUCGCUUAUUCUCGCGUUGAGCUUGAUCGCGGUCGGAUCGCGUUUCGUGUGCGUGGCGCAGGCGCGAAUCAUUCGAUUGGAACACGAUGCGGGUGGACAAGUUUCUCUGCGUGGCCGCGGUCGGUGGAGUCCUGACGUUGGCAGGAGCCAUUUUCGCACUGUUUUGGGGCGACAUACUGGAUGCGAUCAUUGUGAAGGAAAAAGUCCUCACGCCUACCUCGAGAACAUUCAAACUGUGGCGAAGGCCUACGGUACCGAUCAAGUGGACCUUCACCCUCUUCAACUGGACCAACGCCGAAGCGUACCUGGCGAAUGAAGCCACCAAACCGGCUUUCUCCGAGGUUGGACCUUUUUUGUAUUCAGAAAUCCUGGAGAAGAUCGACGCACGCUUCAACACGAAAAACUCCACCAUCAGCUUUCGCCGGCGCAGCUACUUCACCCCGGACGUGCUUCUGGACGGGAACCUCCUCGAGCAGAGUGUCACAAACAUCAAUGUGGUGGCGCUGACCGCUGCCAAUCGUGGCAACUCGGGCGGCUACGGACCGGCCAGGGGCAUUUCCUUUGCCCUGUACAACUUGGAGCAGAACGUUCUGGUGACCCAGCGGGCUAGCGAGCUGCUGUUCGAUGGCUAUCCGGAGCCCAUGAUCCAGGAGAUGCUGCACGUGCUGGAGGCCACUCCGCAGUAUGGACAAGAAGUGGACGAUCGGUUCAGCUGGUUUCGGGCUAUGAACGGAUCGAAAAAGUUUCACGGGUUCUUCAACAUGGACUCCGGUAAGGAGGAUGCCAGUCGGUACGGGUUGAUCCGUCAGUGGAACUACAGAGAUCGGGCGACAAUUGGGCACGAGAGUUGUGCAACGUACGAAGGAUUCGCCGGGGAGCUGUUUCCGACGAAAAUCCGCAGCGAUCAGGUGUUGAGGGUUUUUCUGAUGGAGCUUUGUCGCGCGGUGGUUUUUGAGUUCGAUCGAGAAGAGGAGAUCCUCGGGGUUGUGGGCUACCGGUUUGUGGCCAAUGAGCGAACUGUGGAUGAUGUGUGCAACAAAGAUAAGCAGUUGCUUCCGCGAGGUGCGAUCAAUAUAACGGAUUGUAGGGAUGGUGCCCCGUUCUAUGCGUCGUUUCCACAUUUCUAUGCGGCGGAUGGAUUCUACGGCAGUGGAAUCGAGGGAAUGAAUCCGGACGGCGCACGACAUCAGUCGUUCAUAACAAUUGAGCCGAAAAGCGGGACCGUACUGAGGUCUUCCAUACGAUUGCAGAUAAACGCCUUGCUCCAGCGGUAUGGCGGAAUCGCGCUAUACCAAGACGCACCGCGGUCGUACGUACCGCUACUGUGGUACUCGAAGAGCUUCGAUCUUCCCCAGGAGGAAAUCGUCAAGCUUAGAAGCCUGCUGGAUGUUUCCCAGCUGGGCUACCUGGGAGGGUUUGUCGUUGCAGUGCUGGGGCUGGUGAUGGCAAUGCUAGCGAUAGGGCUGAAGUGCGUCAUUCGGGCGACGCAGCGGAAGAGCAAAGCUAAUAGUGCUCCCGUUGUCAACGGGGAUGCCCGAGGAGAGUAUGAGUGCGUCCAGAAUGAGCAGAACAAAGAGAUGGAUCGAAUAAAGUUAUAAUGAGU